AUGGGCUUUAGUCCUUACUUAACUCCAGAACCCCCAGUUGCACAUCAACUGAGUCCUAAGUAUCUUGUGGAGGGAACAAACCUGACUCAGAAAUGCCUUUAUGAUGUUGGAAAGCCUCCUGAGACUACAGUGUAUUGGAUCAGUCAGGGAGACAACACCUUUAGGCAGCAGGGAGAUACACUGAGACUGACCAAUGUACAACGUAAUAGUUCUGGUAACUAUACUUGUACAGCAGAAAAUCAGUAUUCUUCAGGAAACAGGGGACGAAGCAGUCAAUCAUUGACCAUCGAUGUGCAAUAUCCUCCCAUAGUGUCCCCUUUUACUGACCGGGACAUCAUAGAAGGAAGCAACUUCACCGUUGCAUGUGUCUUCACUGCUGGAAAUCCAUUCCAAACCACUGUUUACUGGAUCAAGUCAGGUGAAUCGGAAUUUAAACAAGAUGGAACCAUUCUACAUUUACCAUGGGUACAAAGAAACAGAGCUGGUACUUACAUUUGUACAACAGAAAACAGAUACAAUAGCGGAAGGACAGGAACAAGCAGUCAGUCUUUGGAAAUCAAUGUUCUGUAUCCUCCCAUCGUGUCCCAUAUUACCAACCAGGACAUCAUAGAAGGAAGUAACCUCACCGUUCAAUGUUCCUUCACUGCUGGAAAUCCCCCUCAAACCACUGUUUACUGGAUCAGGUCAGGUGACUCUGGAUUUAGACAAAAUGGACGCAUUCUACAGUUACAAAAGAUAGACAGAGACAGCACUGGUACUUACGUAUGUGUUGCAAAAAACAUAUACAGCCUUGGCGGUACAGGAACAAGCAGUCGGGCUAUGGAUGUCAAUGUUUUAUGUAAACCCGAAGUAAAAAAGAAUAUUACACUUGGUAUACUGGACUCAGAGGGAAUUCAAUUCUCAGCCACUGUUAUUGCAUACCCAAAGCCAUCAUAUAAACUAUAUUAUGAAAACAAAACCAUCAACAAUAAAAUGACCAGUAGGUUAAGCAAAAAUGCCGUGAAUAACUUUACGGUUGUAUACAAUCAGACACAUGUCCAGCAAAGUGAUUUUGGGGUGUACCUUCUGGAGUUUGAAAAUGCCUAUGGAAGGUCUCUCAUGUAUGUCAACAUUAUUUCUGAAGGAAAACCAUAUCCACCAGAGAUAAAAACUGUCACGUGUGAGACAAAAUCAGCUGAUAUAACAUGGAAAUCUUCAUUCAAUGGCAGAGCUCCUCAAACAUUCACUGCCAUUGCUAUGAGGGAUGAUCAGUAUGAAGCCAGUCGUUCUGGUUCUAUGUCAGACAAAGGGGAAAAUGACAUACAUAGGGCAACUAUAAACGGACUGCAGCCAUCUGUUGUAUAUAACUUUUAUGUGUCUGCAUUGAAUAAACACGGGGAAACAUUGUCAGCUGGUGACAUCAGUUGCAGAACCAGUGCUAUGAAUGCUCGUGCACCUGACCUGAAAUCCCUUAUUGGUGCUAUAGUUGGUGGAACAUUUGGUUGUAUUAUCUUUGUAGCUAUGAUUCUCUUUGUGUUCCUCAACAGGAAAUACAAAAUUAAAUGCACAGAUCGAUAUUCCAAAUCAGGUGAGAAGAGAGAAGAAAAAUUAGCUGGUCUGCAAGGAAAUGAAGGCAUUCAUUAUGAAGAACUAAAGUAUGCCGACCGCCUUCAAGAAAGCAGUUAUGAUGCUAUUCGAUUGGAAGAGAGUGAUAAGAAUGAAAACCCAAGUGCAACGUAUGAAAGUUUGCAACCUACUAAAGAGGAAAACAAAUAUAAAGUACAUGUAUUUACAGACAAUAAGGAUAAAGAAAAGGAUACUACUUACUCGAAUUUCAGUUGAUAGGCUUUCUUCAAUUAUGAUACGUGCAUAAAAAACUUAUUUAAUAAAUUUUGAUGUUUUGUU